CACUCUGCCUUGUAGACACAAACCCAGACUGGACAGGAAAGAGAAUAUGGAGAGACAAACAGCCUGUGUGAAGACAGGAUUUCUUUCAUGAAGGAUGUAUCUGCUGCUCCUUCUUUCCAUCCUGCAGCACCCUGUUUUAGAAGUAUGCUCCUGCCCAUCGUUAUGUGCCUGCGCCUAUGGAAACUCAGGAACAUCCGAACUCAGGGGGGUGCAAUGCAGUGACCCCAGAAUCUCAGCUGUUCCCAUCAACGUCCCAGCUGACACAGUCAAACUACGUCUCGAAAAGACCCUGAUCACCAAGGUGCCCCGGGCAGCCUUCUACAACCUGUCAGAGCUGCUCUUUUUGUGGCUGACCUACAACUCAAUCACAACCAUCCAUCCCAGCAGCUUUGUGAACCUGAAAGCCCUGAGAGAGUUGCGUUUAGAUGGAAAUCUCCUAACAGCGUUCCCUUGGGAGGGACUUAGGGACAUGCCCCGCCUUCACACACUGGGUCUUCACAACAACAGACUAUCCAGCCUUCCCUCUCACGCUGCACUCUUUCUCCUCAACAUCACCUAUCUGGACCUGUCCAGCAACAGGUGUGACCAGCUGGUAAAUAAUUACCCAACUUGUGUUUCCACUCAGCAAACAAACAGCUCUCCUUUCUUUAGGUUGACCAUAUUAUCUGCGGAACUGUUGGAUCUUUGGUUCCCUCUUCCGGAUCAAAGAGGAGGAUCAGUACAGAGAAGAAUUUUGGGUCUCCAUGACAACCCAUGGUUGUGUGACUGCCAGAUCUCCUUGGUGGUGUCAUUGUCAAUGUCCAUUGGGAGUCCUGUGGUUCUCAUGGACCAGCUGGUUACUUGCAGCAGAUCUCUGGGUCAGUCAGGUAUGCUGCUGAACAAAGUCGAGCUGCCUCGCUGUAUGAGACCCUCCAUACAGCCUGCAGCCACCAAAGUCAUAUCUCCGCUGGGCAGCAACGUUAUCCUCCGUUGUGAUGCCACUGGCUAUCCAACCCCAACUUUGACCUGGGUCAAGACUUCAACCAAUAUUGCUGCCAUCAGGACAUCAUCCGGCAGGAUGAAGAGCUUCCCAGGAUUCUGGAAAGUUGUAAGAUGCAUGCAGGGAUCUCCUCGAGUUGGAGUUCGCUGGUCAAUAAUCAGCUUGGAUGCCUUAUCUUACAAGGAUGCUGGUGAAUACCGUUGCCAAGCUCGGAACAUGGCAGGAAUAGCUGAAGCACCCAUUAAGCUAAAGGUGGUGGGAGUCACACGACUCUCCCGACUGCCGAAGAAGAAGUACCAAAAGACUCCACCAAAGUCAUCAUCCAUCAACAAAAAGCCUAAUAGGACUCCGAAGGCUUCUCCCACACCUUUAUUGAAGAACAACCAGAUACCCCAAAUUAUUACAGCCCCAUUUAAAAAAAACAUCACAAAGACAGCCCCUGGUUUUGUUGACAAACGUCUCAAUAUGAACUCAAAAGGUCCAAAGAAAAUGACAAAAAAAACUAUCAAGACCAUACUUGAGCUAUCUGGCAACACAACUGAUCCUACUCCAAACACUAAAGUAUGACAUAUCUGCGUAGAUUCUCCGUAGGAGACAUAGCAAAGGUUGAAUCGUGGCAGCUGUACUUCUUAUAUGCCAAUUGUCAAAGUGUCACAGUCUUAGACAGAGUGGACAGUUUGAAAAAGAACGAAAGGAAGCUAUCCAGUCAAAUAGGAAAUUCACUUUUUAAAGAGAAAUAGAGGUCUGCAUCAUCAGCUGUCGCCAUCUUGCAUCAACGUCCUAACCUCUCUCCUUAAAGGAAUGACUCACACCUAGGCCUGGCACGAUACAAAAUUUUGCUGGAUGAUAAUUGUCCUACAAAUUAUUGUCGAUAAACGAUAUUAUUGUCAAUGUUAUUUUGAGACCACUUUUUCAUUAAUGUAAUGAUAAUAUAUGGUGUCAUCAUGUGAGUACACCGUAUCAAAAGCAAUAAACUUUAAUAGGGAUGUCCGAUGUUGGCAUUUUUGCCAAUAAACGAUAUGCCGAUAUUGGCUAACUUUCAAUUUCCGAUUGCGAUAUCAACCCAUACCAAUGUGUGUAAGAUCACAUCUGUAAUCACAUCUCUAUCUAUCUAUCUAUCUAUCAAGUGUACUUCUGUUUCUGGGUCAUGAGGUUGUUGUAGCCACUUAGCUAUUGCUAAAGAAUUGUUGCUUGUUGUUGAAUUGAGUGGAGAUUAAACUGAUUGGUGCCACCUACCUCGACUCCUUUGUCGUUGUGAAUCACAUCUCCACAUUUGGUGACCCUCGACGUGUGUAAAAACGUCGACUCACAACAGAGACAACGAGACCGUGCCUGCGCCGCUACAAGCUAACAAGUUAGCUUGAGCCGGCUCCGCUACAAGCUAACAAAUUAGCUAAUGUUGAUACUCUCUUUGCCGUCACACCCACGCUCGUGGUUUCAACAUAUCAAGCCCAGUUACGAAUGUGAGAAAUAACCCAGGACAUGAUGAAGUAU